AUACACGCCAGCCCCCACCAAUCACCGAACCUCCCCUUCGUAAUCAACACCUGGGGCGGCGCCUUCACGGCCGCCACUGACGCAGCCUACCUCGCACUCACCACCAACCCUGACAAUCUCGAGCCACCCCCCACAGCCCUUGACGCGGUCGAGAUUGGCUGCACCACCUGCGAGCAGAACCAAUGCGACAACACAGUUGGCUUCGGCGGCUCGCCCGACGAGAACUGUGAGACGACGCUCGACGCCAUGAUUAUGGACGGCACAACCAUGAAGUCCGGCGCGGUCGCCGGCCUGCGGCGGAUCCGGGACGCCAUCUCGGUCGCACGCGCCGUGCUGGAACAUACGCGGCAUUCAUUGCUCAUUGGGGAUCUGGCGACGCAGUUUGCCGUCCAGAUGGGGUUCGGGCCGGAGGAGGAUUUGGCGACGGCGCAGAGUCGGGCACGAUGUGAGGAGUGGAGGAGGGGAGGUUGUAAGGGGAAUUAUUGGGUUGAUGUCCUGCCUGAUCCGGAGAUAUCCUGCGGGCCGUACCGACCGGCGACUGGGUUGGAAUGGUCGGGGGUAGGUGGCGGGGAGGAAGGGCAGGUCUCGCAUGACACUAUUUCGAUGGUGGUGAUUGAUGGUGCUGGGAGGAUGGCUGCUGGGACAUCGACAAAUGGAGCUGCUUUCAAGAUCCCUGGCCGCGUUGGAGACGGUCCGAUCGUCGGGAGCGGGUCGUACGUGGACGGAGAUGUUGGUGGCUGCGGAGCGACGGGCGACGGGGACAUCAUGAUGCGUUUCUUACCGUGCUACCAAGCGGUGGAGAACUUGAGGCGGGGAAUGACUCCAACUGAGGCUGCCGAGGAUGCCGUUCGGCGAAUGCUUAGAAAGUACCCCAAGACAUCGAGCGGGGUGGUGGUUGUGGACAACAAGGGCGAGCACGGCGCGGCAGGGUCAGGAUGGAUCUUUACCUACGCCUUUCGUAGGGGUCCUAUGAAUAAGACGGAGGUGGUAAGCAUACCUCCGUUGAGCAUUGGC